AUGAGUAACAGCAAUGGUGGAUACGACAUCCGUCAAGAAACGAUAAAUGCACGGUACCGGACCAACCCGCGAGAACAGGAUCGAAGGGAACGCUCUCGUUCCCGGUCCCCUCCUUCUCGGCUUAACGACGAUGAAGAAAUAGUCAGAGUACGGUUGCAAGCGGAGCGUCGCGCCCGUAUGGCGCGGCUUCGCGCUGAAAAUGAUGUCGAAGAAGAAAACAUAUCGUCUCUAGAGGGGACAGGGGAUGAAUCGAAGAAAGCGAGGAAAAAACUGAAAUCCAGGGAGGAUUCCCUUCAAGUGGAAGCUGAGGAACUAGAAGGGCUGGAGGAAGACGAACAGAUGCAGCUUCUAUUGGGUUUUGGCGGAGAAUUUGGCUCCACAAAAGGAAACAAAGUAGAAGACAAUCACUCUAGUUCAGCGAGGGGUGCCGCUGCCAAGCACAAAGCAAGAAAGUACCGACAGUACAUGAACAGAAAAAACGGCUUCAACAGACCAUUGGACAAGAUGGAUUAG